AUGGACGAACUUCAAAAGGUAUCAAGUGAAUAUAAAACUAAAGAGAGUAUAAUUCAGAAGAGUAUUCAUGAUGCACGAUCUGUGGAUAAUCUUCGACCCAUUAUCAACGAGAUCAUUAAUCUUAAAGCAUGGCUUUCAAACGCAUCACAAUCUCACAAAAUUCCUACUUACGAUCUUAAGUUGUACAUUAGAUCUUUGCAGAACUUGGUUCUUCAAUAUGAUGAGGCAAAGGCGGCAUUUAUAGAUAAAAAGUUCAGAUUUUCCCAUACGCCCGAAACAGAUCUUGUCAAUGAGGAUGAUGUGACUAUCUCAAGUUUAGGAAACAAGAGUUCAGAUAGCACUGAUGUAUACACUGCUACGCUUGAUGAGACACGGCAGAAGAUGCUUAUCCUGAAUAAAGCAUCCGGAAACAUAUACAUUAGAAAUAUUUCGGAUAGCAUAAUAUGUUUGCCCAAAGAAGCGAAUAUUAAUUCAGUCACAUUAGAGAGAUGCACAAACACGAUCUUGGUACUACAUUCUGAUACAUUUCUUUUUAUAGAUGGUCUUGUUGAUUGCCUAGUGACAGGUUCAUGUCAACAAUUACGUGUUCACAAUACAAGCAACUCCAUUUUGGAUAUUACAAUAAAUAGCGCAUCAAACCGGCUCAUAAUUGAAAAUUGCAAUCUCUUACAAAUUGUAAGGCAGAACCCCCAUUUGACCGUUGAUGAUUUUAGUCGUCCGAAGCAGUCAGAUGAUUCCAUGAAUACCAAUCAAAACUUUCAUUUCGUGUCACCAGAUAGAUUUGAAGGUAUCCACAUAUAUACAUAUAUCAAUGGCUGCAAACUAAAUGAAAAUGUGGAUAGAUCCAAAAUAAGUUGCUUUAUAGCGGAUGCCAUAAAAUGGUGUAAAUCAUAA